UCGAGCCGCCAUAUUGUCAGUGGCAACGCCAGUGAAAAUCAUGCGAAAAUAUUAAGAGAAUUAAGUGAAAUAUUGAACAAAUUAAUUAAGAAAAUUAUGUGCAACAUGUACAGGGUAUAUCUGGUGAUAAGCCGCGAGUGACUGUGCCACCAAAUCUAUAGUUAUAGCAGCUAAAACGGCUUGGCGAAAAAUCUCUUCGGCAGACAGACAGCGACACAGCAAAAGAGACUUGCAUACACUUCAAAUUCGUUUCGUAUACCGAGCUUGCCUGCCACCGCCACCGCCGCCGCUUCUGCCCCGUCCUCUGUCUUCUUCACGCGAGUUCGUUUUAGUAUAUAUAGCCAGAGUCUAUGGACGAAUGCGUGAAUAUUCUUCUAUAUGUCUAACAUAACCUCAAAUUUGCCGCUGUUGCAGUCGUCGUCAUCAGCGUCAACGUUGUUGUUGUUGUUGGUGGGUUUUCUCUAGGUUCGAGCAGCAGCGAUAGCCAUGAAUGAGAAAAUAAAAUCGCCCUCAACACAGGGCGGUAGUGCACCCGCACCGACCGCUGCUGCGGCCGCAGGUCCUGCUCCAGCAGCCAGUGGUGCCGCAGUAGGAGUACCAGCAGGAGCAGCAACAGCCGGUGGUGCAGCCACACCACCAACAUCUGGGCCACCCACGCCCAACAACGGCAACGAUCCAAUUAUACAACAACAGCAGCAGCAGCAACAACAACAACAGCAGCAACAAGGUGUCGCCGCUGCCCCACAUCCUUAUGGCGUUCCACCACCAGGACCCGGCGGAGGUCCUCCAGAUCCUGCUGCUGUCAUGCACUAUCAUCAUUUACAACAUCCGCCACCACCACCGCCUCACAUGCAACAUCAUGGCGGUCCUCCGCCCCCGCCUGGAGCCGGACCAGAGCAUGCGCCUGGCUCCAAAGAUGAAUACGGUGCAGCCUCGCCACACCUGCCACCGCCCCACGCGCAUCCUGCUUACGCGCGCUACCAUACUGGUGAUCCCAACAUGGAUCCAUAUCGGUAUGGUCAACCCCCGCCAGGUGGCAAACCGCCCCAGCAGCAAGGCGGGCCGGGUGGCUCACCAAAUCGGCCACCCCAGCAACGAUAUAUACCAGGACAGCCGCCUCAGGGGCCCACACCAACGUUAAAUUCGCUGCUGCAAUCUUCAAAUCCGCCGCCGCCGCCCCAGCAUCGUUAUGCCAACAGCUACGAUCCGCAGCAGGCAGCAUCGGCAGCUGCGGCGGCUGCAGCCGCAGCCCAGCAGCAGCAACAACAUCAACAGGCCGCUGGCGGUGGGCCACCCCCACCACCUGGACACGGUCCUCCGCCGCCUCAGCAUCAACCUUCUCCGUAUGGCGCUCAACAGGGUUGGGCACCCCCGCCCAGGCCCUACAGUCCACAAUUGGGACCCUCUCAGCAGUAUAGGACGCCACCACCGACAAAUACUUCCAGGGGUCAGUCACCCUAUCCGCCAGCUCACGGUCAAAAUUCAGGUUCCUAUCCUAGUUCGCCGCAACAGCAGCAGGCACAGCAGCAACAGCAACAACAACAGCAGCAGCAGCAGCAGCAACAACAACAACAAAGCGGACAGCAGCCCGGUGGAGUUGGAGCACCCAGUGCACCAGCACCACCGCCUGGCUCUGGACAGGCACAACCACAACAAAAUACACCGCCAUCUCAAUAUUCGCCGUACCCGCAAAGAUAUCCAACACCGCCUGGAUUACCGGCGACUGGACCCCCAAAUCAUCGAACUGCCUACUCGACGCACCAGUAUCCCGAACCAAAUCGGCCUUGGCCGGGCAGCUCAUCACCUAGUCCUGGUCCUGGACAUCCUUUGCCGCCCGCCUCACCGCAUCAUGCACCGCCGCCACCGUUGCAACAACAACAACCGCCACCACCCCACGCCGCUGUGGCUGGCGGACCACCACCUAGCAGCAGUCCGGGGCAUGCGCCAAGUCCAUCGCCGCAGCCCUCGCAGGCAUCGCCAUCGCCACAUCAGGAGCUAAUUGGACAAAAUAGCAACGAUAGCUCUAGUGGUGGGGGACAUAGUGGUAUGGGUUCUGGUCCGCCGGGUACACCAAAUCCACAGCAAGUCAUGAGGCCCACACCAUCGCCCACUGGCUCUUCCGGUUCGCGUUCCAUGUCACCUGCAGUGGCACAAAAUCAUCCAAUAUCACGUCCGGCGAGCAAUCAAUCAAGCAGCGGCGGUCCAAUGCAACAACCACCAAUCGGAGCUGCUGGUCCACCCGGUCCUGGACCAAUGCCACCACAUGGUCUACCCACGGGUCCGCCGCCUGGGCAGCAACAGCAGCAAUCUCAGCAGCAACAGGCCUCGAAUUCAGCAUCGUCGGCAAGUAAUUCGCCCCAGCAGACACCACCACCAUCGGGAGCACCGCCGCCAAAUCAGAAUAUGAACAAUAUGGCAACGCCGCCGCCACCGCAGGGAGCAUCCGCUGGUUAUCCGAUGCCACCGCAUAUGCAUGGCGCUUAUAAAAUGGGCGGGCCGGGACAAAGUCCGGGUCCAGGUCAAGGAUAUCCGCCUCAACAGCCGCAACAAUAUCCGCAAGGCAAUUACCAGCCAAGGCCACAAUAUCCGCCGGGAGCUUAUGGCACCGGACCACCAAUGCCUCCCACCAGCCAAGCAGGCGGCGCCAAUAGCAUGCCAACCGGACCACAACCCUAUCCAGGCCGGGGUAUGCCCAACCACGGUGGCGGCAGUCCGCAUGGCCAGUAUCCACCAUAUCAAUGGGUGCCACCAUCUCCCCAACAGUCGGUUCCUGGCGGUGCUCCGGGCCAACCUAUGGGAAAUCAUGUGCAGGGCAAGGGCACACCACCACCCGUUGGACCAGGCCCACCGCCACCUCAGGGCGGUGGAUCACCACGCCCAUUAAACUAUCUUAAGCAGCAUUUACAGCACAAAGGUGGCUACGGCGGCAGUCCUACACCGCCCCAACCGCAAGGCUACGGCAAUGGACCGACUGGAAUGCAUCCCGGCAUGCCGAUGGGUCCACCUCAUCAUAUGGGCCCGCCUCAUGGACCAACAAGCAUGGGUCCACCUACGAGCACACCGCCACAAUCCAUGCUGGGGGCCCAGGGAGGCAGCGGCGCGGAAAGUGGGCCGGAGCAUAUAUCGCAAGAUAAUGGUAUAAGUUCGUCGGGUCCAACGUCAGCAUCGGGAUUACAUGCAGUCACCGCAGUGGUAACCACCGGUCCAGAUGGUACGCCCAUGGAUGAAGUUAGUCAACAGAGUACGCUCUCUAAUGCAUCGGCGGCAUCCGGUGAAGAUCCACAAUGCACCACACCAAAGUCGCGCAAAAAUGAUCCAUAUAGCCAAAGUCAUUUAGCCCCUCCAAGCACAUCCCCACAUCCCGCUGUGAUGCAUCCGGGCGGUGGUGGACCCGGCGAAGAAUACGAUAUGAGUUCGCCGCCAAAUUGGACGCGCCCAGCGGCAAGUCCGCAGGUGUUCAACAGUCAUGUUCCUGUGCAACAAGAACCAUUUCGGAGUACGAUUACCACCACCAAGAAAUCCGAUUCACUGUGUAAACUCUAUGAGAUGGAUGAGAAUCCAGAUAGACGCGGAUGGCUGGACAAGCUGCGGACAUUUAUGGAGGAAAGGCGUACACCGAUAACGGCAUGCCCGACCAUUUCAAAACAGCCACUCGAUUUAUAUAGGUUAUACAUUUAUGUAAAAGAACGUGGCGGAUUCGUCGAGGUAUGCAAGGUGACAAAGAGCAAAACAUGGAAGGAUAUUGCAGGUCUCUUGGGUAUUGGAGCCAGCAGCAGUGCCGCCUACACGCUACGUAAACAUUAUACAAAGAAUCUAUUGGCCUUCGAGUGUCAUUUCGAUCGUGGCGAUAUCGAUCCAUUGCCCAUCAUACAGCAGGUGGAAGCUGGCAGCAAGAAGAAGACCACAAAGGCAGCCUCUGUACCAUCGCCAGGUGGUGGCCAUUUGGAUGCUGGAACAACAAAUUCAACAGGGUCGUCAAACUCGCAGGAUUCAUUUCCUGCACCACCAGGUGCUCCACCAAAUGCAGCGAUCGAUGGCUAUGUAGGAUAUCCCGGCGGUGCUGCAUAUCCAGGCGGUAGUGGGCCACAGCCAGAUUAUGCGGCAGCGGGUCAAAUGCAGAGACCCCCCUCACAAAAUAAUCCGCAGGCACCUCAUCCAGGCACACAAUCAAAUCAAACAGCCGCCGGAGCUGUUGUCGGUGCCGGUGAUAAUAUAAGCGUUAGCAAUCCCUUUGAGGAUCCAAUUGCUGGCGGUGCUGUGGCCCCUGGUGCUGUUGUUGCUGCUGCUGGGCCCCAUAGUGGUCCUGGGCCUGGUCCUGGUCCUGGUCCACACCCACCACCACCACCCCCACAUUCACCACACACAGCAGCAACGCAACAAUCGGCUGGUGGCCCUCAGCCGCCGCCGCCGCCACAAGCCCAGCAGCAACAGCAACAGCAGGGCAUGCCAGCACCACCACAGCAGCAGCCAACGCUGCCACCGCCACCACCGCAGCAACAUGGGCACGGGCCUGGGCCGGUGCCGCCAUCGCCUCAGCAUGCGCGACCCGCUGCCGGAGCACCUUAUCCACAAGGUGGCUCCGGCUAUCCAACGCCUGUGUCUAGAACGCCAGGCUCACCGUAUCCAUCACAGCCCGGAGCAUAUGGCCAAUAUGGUGGAAGUGAUCAGUAUAAUGCUGCUGGACCACCCAAUCAGCCAUUUGGACAGGGUCAAGGACAAUAUCCGCCACAGAAUCGCAAUAUGUACCCUCCUUAUGGGCCGGAGGGGGAAGCUCCUCCUUCUGGUGCUAAUCAAUAUGGUCCGUAUGGAAAUAGACCCUACAGUCAGGCGCCGCCCGGAGGACCUCAACCUCCUACACAGCCAGUUGCAGGUGGACCACCAACGAGCGGAGCACCAGUCGGAGCACCACCCGCUGGCGCUUAUGCACCCGGUACUCCCGGACAACAAGACUAUUACAGGCCACCAGAUCAAAGUCCGCAACCUCGUCGGCAUCCGGACUUCAUCAAAGACUCCCCUCAGCCCUAUCCAGGGUAUAAUGCAAGGCCUCAAAUUUACGGUUCAUGGCAAGGCGGUGCGCAACAGUAUCGUCCCCAAUAUCCUGCCUCUCCUGCUCCGCAAACCUGGGGUACUGCUCCGCCAAGAGGAGCCGCUCCGCCUGGCAGUCCCCAUGGUCCACCCAUACAGCAGCCAGCCGGCGUAGGCCAGUGGGAACAACAUCGCUAUCCACCGCAACAGGCUCCACCACCGCCGCAGCAACAACAGCCGCCUUACCAACAAGGUGCACCACCUGGGCAACAGCAGCCACCACAGGGACCCCCGCAAUGGUCACAAAUAACUCCCGGACAACCGCCGCAGGCAGGUGGAAUUGCUCCACCGCCGGGAUCCCCGCUGCGUCCGCCAUCUGGCCCUGGGCAGCAACAACGAAUGCCCGGCGGAGUACCGGGAAUGCCGCCACAACCUCAACAGCCCGGCCAGCCUGUCCAACAACCGCCACAUGGAGCUGUAGGUGUUCCUGGAACACCGGGAAUGCCACCCAUACCCGGAGGCAUGGUUAAGCAACCGUAUGCGAUGCCACCACCAACUCAAGCUGCGGGUCCGCCAACAAGUGUGGCCAUGCCCGGUAAUCCACCUGCCGGAAUGAUUCCUCAGAAACAACCACCCAUAAUAAUUGGUGCACCGGGAAUGCAGCCUGGUCAACAAGCACAGCCGCCACAUCCACAUCCCCACCCACUUCCGCAUCAGCAUCCACAUCAACAUCCUCAUCCGCAUCCACAUCCACAACAUCCGCAUCAAAUGCCUAACCAGCAGGCUGCCUACCCUCCCCAGAUGCCAGUAGGAGGACAAGGCGGUCAGUUAGCCAAAAAGGAGCUAAUUUUCCCACACGAUUGUGUGGAAUCGACCACGCCGGUGCUUUACCGGCGCAAGCGUCUGACCAAAGCCGAUGUUUGCCCCGUCGAUCCGUGGCGGAUAUUCAUGGCUAUGCGCUCUGGCCUGUUGACCGAGUGCACCUGGGCUCUGGAUGUGCUCAAUGUGCUGCUCUUUGACGACACAACAGUGCAGUUCUUUGGUAUCUCAAACUUGCCCGGUCUGCUAACCCUGCUGCUGGAGCACUUUCAGAAGAAUCUCGCCGAGAUGUUCGACGAAGGAUGUGAGGAAACAGCGACGGCGGCCAUUGCUGCUGGCGAAGAGGCUGACGACGAUGCUGACAGUGGUACGGUCAUGUCCAGCUCUCGCGGCUUGGAGCAGCAAAAGAUGCGGGGCGGCCGUUCAUCUCGAUGCGUGCGUAGCAUAUGCAGCUAUAAUCGCAAACGGCAUUACGAGAAUAUGGACAGAAAGUGUACUGAGGACUCAGAUGAUGCCGAUGAGGGCAUCGAUUUGGGUCAAGUUCGCGUGCAGCCCAAUCCAGAGGAACGAUCGCUGCUUCUGUCAUUCACUCCCAACUACACCAUGGUCACCCGUAAGGGAGUUCCAGUUCGAAUACAACAGGCCGAGCAUGAUAUAUUUGUGGACGAACGCCAAAAGUCAUGGGACAUUGACACAAAUAAAUUGUACGAGCAACUCGAACCAGUGGGUAGCAAUGCCUGGACAUUCGGCUUCACAGAGCCCGAUCCGCUCGACGGGAUUAUUGAUGUGUUUAAGUCGGAGAUCGUAAACAUUCCAUUUGCUCGUUACAUCCGCUCAGAGAAGAAGGCCAAAACGAGGCAGGAAACGUCAACGGCAGCAGCAACGACGACCACACUUGCCCCCAAAGGGGGUGUCAUUAAAUCGGAGACUGUGUCAAUAUCAUCCGUUGUGGUUAUAAAACAGGAAGACAACAUGUCUAACACGGAGGAGUCUAGUAGUAGCAUACUCCAACAGACCUAUAACAAGAAGAGGCGAUUGGUUAGCAGCAGCGGUGCUAGUAGCGGCUCUGUUACCGAUCCAAAGAAAUCCAAAUUGGGUGAAGAGUUUGCUCAGCCCCAAGGCGAGAUUAAGAAGGAGCCAGGAACUACUACUUCAUCCGCGACCGGUGGCGGCAAUUCUGUCGAUAGUGAUUGUCGAGCUGUUGAUAUGGAUAUUGAGUCGCCACGUCUUACCAAUGGUGUCGCCGCUUCAUCAUCCUCAUCAUCAGCAUCAGCAUCGGGACCACCACCACAACCAAAGGGCUUUGAUCCAAAAUCAACGGUACGAGAUGCUGCCCACGUUCUACAGCGAAGACGGGAUUCCAGCUAUGAGGAUGAAUGCUAUACGCGAGACGAGGCCUCAUUGUAUCUGGUUAACGAAAGUCAAGAUUCUCUGGCGCGUCGCUGUAUUGCUCUCUCGAACAUCUUUAGGAACUUGACCUUUGUUCCGGGCAACGAGACGGUACUGGCCAAGUCAACGAGGUUUUUGGCAGUCCUUGGACGUUUGCUCUUGUUAAAUCAUGAACACCUACGGCGCACUCCCAAGACGCGCAAUUACGACCGCGAAGAGGAUACAGACUUUAGUGAUUCGUGCAGUUCGCUGCAAGGUGAACGCGAAUGGUGGUGGGACUACUUAAUAACCAUCAGAGAGAACAUGCUGGUGGCCAUGGCCAAUAUAGCUGGCCAUCUGGAGCUGUCACGAUAUGAUGAAUUGAUAGCGCGACCCUUGAUCGAUGGUCUGCUCCAUUGGGCUGUCUGUCCCAGCGCCCAUGGCCAAGAUCCGUUCCCAUCGUGCGGCCCCAAUACGGUAUUGUCGCCGCAACGCUUAGCCUUGGAGGCCUUGUGCAAACUAUGUGUGACAGAUGCCAAUGUUGAUCUAGUGAUUGCGACACCGCCUUUCUCGCGAUUGGAGAAACUUUGUGCUGUGCUCACGCGACAUUUGUGCCGCAAUGAGGAUCAGGUGCUAAGGGAGUUUUCUGUUAAUCUGCUGCACUACUUGGCCGCAGCGGACAGUGCCAUGGCACGGACAGUGGCCCUUCAGUCGCCAUGCAUCUCCUAUUUGGUGGCGUUUAUCGAGCAGGCCGAACAGACGGCAUUGGGUGUGGCAAAUCAGCAUGGCAUCAAUUACCUGCGCGAAAAUCCCGACUCCAUGGGAACCAGUCUCGACAUGUUACGGCGAGCAGCGGGCACGCUACUCCACCUGGCCAAACAUCCCGACAAUCGAUCUCUGUUUAUGCAACAGGAACAGCGUCUAUUGGGCCUAGUGAUGUCGCAUAUAUUGGACCAGCAGGUGGCAUUGAUUAUAUCGCGAGUCCUUUUUCAGGUCUCUCGAGGCGCUGGACCCAUGCAUUCCGUGGAGUAUAGAUUACUGCAGCAACGGCAGCAGCAGCAGCAACGUGCACAGCCGACUCCAGCUGUUGAGAAAGUGGCGGCAAUCAUCCCAGCAGCGACGGUGACCAAAAUUGAAUCAUCCAGUGCAGGACAGCCAGAGCAGUCGACGACUGCUGCCAAUCCUGCGGAUGCAAAGUCACCGGCAGUUACAGCUGCAGCGUCUGUCACGGCAGCAACAACAACUGCACCGGCAGCAGCAACAACAUCAACCCCAACAGCUGCAACAACGACGUUAAGCACAUCAGCGUCAGCGUCCUCCUCAUCUUCAUCAUCCACGGCGGUAGUCAACGAUGAAAACAGCAAUAGCAGCCAACAAUUGCCUCCGGCAGCUACCUUCAAUGAUGUGAGCAACAGUAGCACCAAUAGCAACAGCUGCGGCACUGCCAGCAGCAAUCAAACCAACAGCAGCAGCAGUGUGGGCAGCAGCCAGUCAACGAUGACCAAUGCAGUGGCCUCAGCUCCUCCUACUUCACUCCCAGUCCCAACAGGAGAACUGCAGUCACAGACACAGACCCCCCAUCCGCAGCAACAGCAACAAGUGAGCAAAGCUGCUGCCGCUGCCAAUUUAGUAUCGAAUAAUUUGGCAGCAUCAGCGCCAACAGCUGCAGCAGCCACAGCUGUUAACCAGCAGCCGCCAGCUCCACCACCAACGAAUACAGGAACAACGACUGCUGUUGCGUAGUAUACGACAAUGAUGCCAGCUUCCUACUAUAGGCCAGUUGAUUGAUUUGACUUGGGCAAUCGGGAGUAGUAGGAGCAGGAGCAUGACCAGGAGCAGCUGAAGCAGGAUUGAGAGAUCAUUGAUAAACUUGAACUAAUGUGCGUUGUUGUCUCGCGUGGGCUUUUAAUUAGCUACGUACAAAUUACAACUCCCCGCCCCUUCAAAAACUUCAUAUACAAACAACCCUAACAAUGUAAUCAAACAAUGUAAAUUUACUUAAACGAAGAACAACAAUAACUUUAUGAUGUAGAAGAAGAGGAAAGCGCCGCUUAGCAUAGUCACCAACUACCAUGUGUGUGUGAUCAAUCGAAAGGAUGAAAGGAGAGAAAGGCGUGGAAAUAGUUAACUCUCGAUAAUGUUUUAUGGGAUAGUAACCCAGACAGACACACACACACACAAAUACACACCCACACAUACCAUAUACACUGCAAUUCGUCGUCAUACAAUAACACCUGUAUAUUUUUUCACUCAAAUCUAUAGUAAAUCUAAGAAUUAUAUAUAUAUAUAAACACAUACAGACACCACCACCACCACACCACACCUCCUUCCCAGACACACACACAAACACACACUCAGCAUCAUUAAACAAGAAUAUCCUGUUGAAAUUUAGCAGUGAAUUUAACCCAGCAUUCAAAUGAGGUGGCAAUAAAAAGGAUAGCGGAAGUAGCUACUAAGUGGAAAAUAAUGAUAAUGAUACUAAAGGAUAGAAGGAUCAUAAGCGUCGUAAAACAUUUAAGCACAGAAUAUACUUAUUGUAUUAAAUUAAAUAAAUUAAAAGAAAAAAACGAAGAAACAAA